CGAACAAUGACAUGAACGUCCCCUUGUAUUUCGAUAUCCCUUCCUCCUUUCCUCCACCACCUUCAACCAUCCCGCCCAUGCUCAAGCGGAUGACGGACAAGAUUGGGUCGCACUUCCACAAGGAUACGCCCCCAAUGCAGGUGCCGUCGUCGCCCUCCUCCUCCCUGGCAUCGUCAUCGGUGUUCUCGCAGUUCGAUAGACGACCUUCACAGGCGACGACACGGACAUCGAUGAGCGAGCAAAGUAAGCUGGAACAUAGAGACAGCAUUUAUUACCCCGAGCGAGAAUGGUACCCACUGUCCUACGAGGGACCGCGUCAGAAGGGUUCCUACCGGUUAGAAGAUUUUAUAAUACAAAGAACUCUGGGGACAGGGAGCUUUGGACGAGUGCACCUCGUGCGAAGCAGACAUAAUCUUCACUUCUACGCCAUCAAGGUCCUGAACAAGGAACGGAUAGUCAAAAUGAAGCAACAUGGUAUCCUCGAAUUGGUCCAACAUCCCUUCAUCGUCAAUAUCUGGGGCGCCUUCCAGGACUCUUCCAAUCUCUACAUGGUCAUGGACUUUGUUCCCGGCGGCGAGCUCUUCUCGCUGUUACGGCGAUCUAAUCGAUUUCCUGAACCUGUCGCCAAAUUCUAUGCGGCUGAAGUCGCACUUGCCUUGAACUACCUUCAUACGCACGGCAUCCCCGAGAACAUCCUUCUAAACCACGACGGUCAUAUCAAAAUCACCGACUUCGGGUUCGCCAAAUCGUGUAGAUACACCUAUACGUUAUGCGGCACUCCAGACUACAUCGCUCCCGAGGUUUUGCUCCAUGGUCGUUACGGCAAGGGUGUCGACUGGUAUGCUCUUGGUGUCCUCAUCUUUGAGAUGCUUUACGGGCUCCCUCCGUAUCAUCAACCCGACAACAACACCAUUUAUCUAUACGAGAGGAUUGGUCGCGGUCCCCUCCAUAUUCAAUGGCCAGCUGGCUUCAGUGAGCUCGCCAAGGACAUCAUCAUUCACCUGAUGGAUGUUGAGCCGACCAAGCGAUAUGGCAACCUCCUCAACGGUGCCCGGGACAUCUUCACGCACAGCUGGUUUGUUGAAGUCGAAUGGGAUAGAAUGGCAAAUAGACAGAUCACCCCACCUUAUAUGCCCCAGAUGACUGGUGAAGGUGAUGCUAGCGCUUUUGAACGCUACCCUGAAGACAACGCGUCGUUGACCUAUGGACAAGCCUCUCUUGACCCUUUUGGAUAUGCUUUCCCUGGAUUUGAAUAUAGAAACCCUGGUGCCCAAUAGUUGGUCUCAGGUGACGUGAAGGCUCCCCUUCCUCAAAAAAAAAAAGUUCAGCGUUGAUUGCUGGCAUGUCUGUCUAUUCAGUCAAUUAUACCUGGUGGAACUUGUUGUCUAUUACAAUAUUUAUUCUCGUCGAACUCCCUCGCAUUUUAUGUAUAUUUGGCAUAUCAUCCGUCCCCUCGCAUAUUUGUUGUAUCGCUGUGUAUGUCGUUGUUGUAGGUUUGUACACAUAGUAGUCGUAGUUGCAUUGGCAAGCAAUCCCUAGCAAGGGAAUAGAAUACAUUCGCUCUGUAAUUUUUCAAUCAUAGUGUGCGGUAGGUAGGUAGGUAGAUAUUAUACGGCACGGUCCAACGGGGAACGUUGGGCGUAGAUAAUACAAUCACGUACUUAAUUAUCCACUGAUACUCUCAACCGAACCCAAGGCCGAGCUCACGGUCAACUUAUGCUGCUGGGUAGAACCUAGGGU